AUGACCAACAUUGGUGCAGAAGAUAUCGUUGACGGAAACAGGAAGAUAAUACUCGGCCUAAUAUGGACCCUCAUUCUGCGAUUCACGAUCAGCGACAUCAACGAGGAGGGCAUGACGGCAAAAGAGGGCUUGUUGCUAUGGUGUCAACGGAAAACUGCUUGCUAUCCAGGAGUGGAAGUGCGGGAUUUCUCCUCAAGCUGGAACGAUGGGCUUGCGUUCUGCGCCCUGCUGGAUAUCCAUAGGCCCGACCUGAUCGAUUUCGACUCACUAGACAAGACCGAACAUAGGAAGAACAUGCAGCUGGCCUUUGACAUUGCUGCAGAGGAGAUUGGCAUUCCGGAUCUGCUUGACGUAGAGGACGUGUGUGAUGUUGCAAAGCCAGACGAGCGAUCCCUGAUGACUUACAUUGCCUAUUGGUUCCACGCCUUUUCACAACUUGAGAAGGUUGAGAAUGCCGGCAGACGUGUUGAGAAGUUCGUUCAAAACAUGCAAGGAGCAUGGGAGAUGCAAAACUCCUUUGAGCGCCGGAUGAGGGCUUUGUUGAAGAACAUUGCUGCUCAGCAGGAGAAGUGGCUUAACUCUACUUUUGAAGGCACAUACGCCGAUGCCAAAGAACAGGCCAGCGAGUUUGCCGCGUACAAAAAGAACCAGAAGCGCGAAUGGGUUGCUGAGAAGUCUGACCUUGCUGCCCUCCUGGGAAAUAUCAAGACGAAGCUGAGCACCUACCGACUGCGGGCCUAUGAUCCACCACCAGAACUCAGGCUAGAGGUCUUGGAUGAAGAAUGGGCCAGUUUAACCACCUAUGAGCACAAACGAAGCCAGUUGAUUAACGAAACUAUCCGUGAUAUUAAAAAUGCCCUUCGGCGAUCGUUUGCGGACAAGGCUAAUGAUUUCGCCUUAACCUUGAACACGCUUUCGCUGGCGAUCUCGGGUCUCGAAGGAGACGUUGAAGAUCAGCUAACGCACGUUCGACGGCUAAGCGACAACCUUCCACCUUUAGACGCAUUCCUAGAAACAAUAGAGGACCUCGACGAACAGUGCGCAGAAGCUAACAUUGAAGAGAAUGACUUUACCACCUACACCUUUGAAGAGCUCUCCUAUGAACUGAGCCUUGUCAAAUCCAGCGUAGCAAAGAAGCUAGCAUUCUUGGAAAACCAAAUGGUUGCGAGGAACAUGACCAAUCUAACCCCAAUACAGCUUGAAGAAUUCGAGUCUGUAUUCAGACACUUUGACCGGGAUUCAACAAACACUUUGCAUGAGAUAGAAUUCUCAGCUGCAUUAGCCAGUUUGGGUUUGGUAUACGACGAAGACGAGAUGCACGAGGUGUUCGUGGAGACCUGUGGUCCGAACCGUCUGGAGAGAAACGCUGGCGUCAGCUUUGAACAGUUCAUCCGGUUCAUGGUCAGCGUCACUGAGGAUCAACACACGGCUGAACAGGUCCUUCAGAGCUUCAAGGAGGUAGCAGACGGGAAGGUAAUAAACACCAUUGAAUUUUGCCCUUUCUCCUUGGAACUGUUUUAUUCCCAACUACCCACUUACAACUUGCAUCCAUAUGUUACCGAGCUUGAUCUUCGGCACUCCCUCAUACCGGAUGAACUUAUCGAGAACCUAGUAGAGUCGAUGCCCAAGCACACGGGGCCUGACCUCCUGGAGGACAGGGAUGUCGCGAAGUACGACUACAUGACCUUUAUGGAGCACAUGAUGAACAAUGGGGGCCGUGGUAAUGAUGUUGGAGCCAACCACACCGAAUAA